CCAGCUACGCCGAUUCCUUGCAGCCUUUAAAUUGCAAGACGGCGAGCUGGUGACUACCGUGGAGACUCGCUCUGGGGAUUAGGCCUCUCAUGUCUGCAAAGCGGCUGGAGAGAGGGUAUUGUGGCCGGAAGUCGAAGCUUCUGGGCUGCCAGCACACGCUCUGGGCAUGACCGCAGCACGCAUCGAAGCGCCCGCAGUUGGCGGGCCUGGAUGUGAUCUCGUUCUAUGCCACGGGCGAGUGUCGUUUAAGAAAAAACACCCCGAGUCUCCAACCUGCUAUCAUCGUCAUCCAGCGGCGGGAGGAGAUGCUGAAGGACGUGGUGCAGGGGGUUUGCGCCAUAACUUGUCCAGGUCGGCCAUGGCCGCGACAGCUCAACAGGGACUAAAUGGGGGGACAUCGAGACUUCCAGAGGCAAACACAGUGGCAGCGGCAGUGGCUCCACCAAAACCAUCCCAGGCAUGCCCUGACGGACGAAGCAUUCCCGUCGCCAAAGUCCACGAUGCAGCUCGCUCAUUAAUCUUGGUUCUCGACUUCAUCAACUGUGUGGCCGCUGGAUUCUUUGUCGCGCGUCGUCUCCCCUCUUACGACUCUCUUUGUCCCGACCAUGGCUGGGCCUCGUUCAAGUCCACCCGCAUCCUGGCGGAGAGCCUUCAGGCGGCUCCCUUAUUUCGCUCCAGCACUCAUGAACCAAUUGCCAGGACUUUGCCUUCAAUCCGCACAUCAUUCAUUCAUCCUCACUCAUCCAUUCACGUUCACAAACACUUCUCACAUCCACACAUACCCUCCUCCAUGCACUCGCCUGCUGGUGCAACUUGCUGAUGAUUUCUUUCUCAUUUGUCUUUGCAGAUUGGCUCCUCCCAGCUCGAUAAAACAUCCCUGUCGAUCUCGCCUAGUGCAGACUAGUGCCAUCAUCAUUCAUCAAG